GGAGCCUUUCCCCUAAAUUGGCGCGCCCGGGCGGCGCUGAAAUUCGGCUUGGAGGCUUUUGAACCCGGAAGCAGUUGGCGGCGCUCGGAAGCGGCCGCGGAUCGGGGAAUUCUGCUGGCGCUGCAGCUGCAGAAUGGUCGGCGGUGGCGGGAAGCGCAGGCCCGGCGGGGAGGGGCCGCAGUGUGAAAAAACAACUGAUGUGAAGAAAAGUAAAUUCUGUGAAGCUGAUGUCUCCAGUGACCUUCGAAAAGAAGUAGAAAAUCAUUAUAAGCUUUCUUUACCUGAAGAUUUCUAUCACUUCUGGAAGUUCUGUGAAGAACUUGAUCCUGAAAAGCCAUCUGAUUCACUUUCUGCAAGCCUUGGACUUCAAUUAGUUGGUCCUUAUGAUAUCCUUGCUGGAAAACAUAAAAUGAAGAAAAAAUCAACAGGCCUGAAUUUUAACCUUCACUGGAGGUUUUACUAUGAUCCUCCUGAGUUCCAGACCAUUAUUAUUGGAGAUAAUAAAACUCAGUACCACAUGGGGUAUUUCAGGGAUUCUCCUGAUGAAUUUCCUGUAUAUGUUGGUAUAAAUGAAGCAAAGAAAAAUUGUAUAAUUGUUCCAAAUGGAGAUAAUGUAUUUGCUGCAGUCAAAUUAUUUUUGACGAAAAAACUUAAAGAAAUAACGGAUAAAAAGAAAAUCAAUCUCUUGAAAAACAUAGAUGAAAAACUCACAGAAGCAGCCAGAGAAUUGGGGUAUUCGCUUGAACAGAGAACCAUGAAGAUGAAACAGAGAGAUAAGAAAGUUGUGACAAAGACCUUUCAUGGUGCAGGCUUGGUUGUUCCAGUAGAUAAAAAUGAUGUUGGGUACCGAGAGCUCCCUGAAACAGAUGCUGACCUCAAGAGAAUUUGCAAGACAAUAGUUGAGGCUGCAAGUGAUGAGGAGAGACUAAAAGCUUUUGCUCCCAUUCAGGAAAUGAUGACUUUUGUGCAGUUUGCUAAUGAUGAAUGUGAUUAUGGCAUGGGGCUUGAAUUGGGCAUGGAUCUCUUUUGCUAUGGCUCACAUUAUUUUCAUAAAGUUGCUGGCCAGCUUUUACCUCUUGCAUAUAAUCUGUUGAAGAGGAAUCUGUUUGCAGAAAUUAUUGAGGAGCAUCUGGCAAACAGAAGUAAAGAGAACAUAGACCAACUUGCUGCAUGAGUAAGGUGGCUUUGAUUGGUGUACAGUAUUUCAAAGGACUAGUAUUAAACUUGUGAUUUUUGUUUUGUUUUUAAGGAAUACAAAAAAUAAACAUUUACUAAAAACGUU